AUUUUGAUCUUGCGCACUUUGCGGAAGACUUGUAACACUUUCACAGGAAUCUCAGCGAGAAUCAUCUGCGUUUUUUGUUAGUAGUGGACAUAAGCUUUAAGAAAAUGGCUGAACAAACGAGAGACGGUGGAUUGGUUUUCUAUGUCAACGGGAAAAAGAUAACAGAGAAGAACCCAGAUCCGGAGACCAUGUUGCUGUCCUAUCUCAGGAUGAAAUUAUGGUUGACAGGCACUAAGUACGGGUGUGGUGGGGGGGGCUGUGGUGCUUGUACCGUCAUGGUGUCCAGAUACGACCCUCAAAACAAGAUCAUCACUCACUUCUCUGUCAACGCCUGCUUGCUUCCCGUGUGCCAACUUCACGGAGCGUCCGUGACGACUGUCGAAGGCAUCGGCAGCACCAAUACCAAGUUACACCCGGUGCAGGAGCGUAUCGCAAAGGCUCACGGCUCUCAGUGUGGGUUCUGCACCCCUGGAAUGGUGAUGUCCAUGUACACGUUGCUGAGAAACAACCCACAGCCCAGUUUGGAUGAAGUGACGGAGGCUCUCGCCGGUAAUUUAUGCAGAUGCACGGGGUAUCGUCCUAUCGUUGAUGGCUACAGGACGUUCUGUGAGAGUAAGAAGUGUUGUCAGGUGAAUGGUACCGCAUGCUGCAUGGCCAAUGAAAACAGAUCAGAGGAUGCUGCGGUGAUUAGUGAACCAGAACUGUUUAGUAAAGACGGUCUUCUUCCUUUGGACCCCACACAAGAUCUCAUCUUCCCUCCAGAGCUCAUGAGAUUGGCAGAGACACAGGAGCGAAUCACUCAGAAGUUCAGUGGAGAGAGAAUGACGUGGUUCUGUCCUGGAUCUCUGGACGAGCUGCUUCAGCUGAAAGCAGAUUACCCACAAGCCCCUAUUGUCAUGGGCAACACCAACAUAGGUCUGGACAUGAAGUUCAAGGGUGUCUUCCAUCCUGUUCUCAUAUCACCAACACGAGUGCUAGAACUGUUUAAAGUUACAGAGAAACCAGAAGGGGUGUGUGUCGGCGCGGGCUGUAGUAUGUCGGUUCUAAAGGGUGUGUUGGAGAAAACAAUUCGUUCUUUUCCUCCGGAGAACACGCACACGUUCAGAGCUCUUCUGCAGCAGAUAAACCUCUUGGGCGGACAACAGAUCCGUAACGUGGCCACACUCGGUGGCAACAUUGUAAGUGCGUAUCCAAACUCUGACCUGACCCCUGUCCUAGCUGCCGGGAGAUGCACGCUGGUGGCUCUUUCUAAAGAGGGACGGCGAAGGGUUGCCAUCGAUAAAGACUUCUUCCUGGGUUUCGCAAAGACUGCUUUAAAGCCAGAUGAGAUCGUCCUGUCUGUCUUCAUUCCAGCUUCUAGAAAGGAUGAGGUCGUGCAUGCGUUCAGACACGCCCCACGCAAGGAGAACGCCUUGGCUACGGUCAACGCCGGGAUGCGCGCUUGGUUCAACGAGAACUCAAACGUGGUCAAAGAAAUCAGCAUUUACUAUGGAGGAGUGGGACCGACUAUUGUCAGCGCUGAAGUCGUGUGCCAACACAUAAUUGGAAGGCCUUGGGAGGACGCAACGUUAAGCGACGGGUACCGUGCGCUGAUUGAUGACAUCACUCUGGAGGCGUCGGCUCCAGGUGGGAAGGUGGACUUCCGCAGAUCUCUGACCCUCAGCUUGCUCUUUAAAUUCAACCUGCUCGUCCAACAAUAUCUGCAAGAGAAGAACGUGACACAAAAGGAAAUACCCAACGAGAUGCAAAGCGUGAUCCAGCCUCUACCUAAACACAUUCAGCCCAGCUACCAGGAGUUUCAGGAUGUUGUAGAAGCUCAGCCGUCGCAGGAUCCAGUGGGUCGACCCGUGGUUCACCGGACGGCUUUGAGCCAGGCCACCGGAGAAGCCGUGUACUGCGACGAUCUACCGCACACCGACGGCGAACUUUUCCUGGCGAUCGUGACCAGCUCCAGAGCGCACGCCAAGAUCACACAUAUUGACUUCGGUGAAUCAUUAAAGACACCAGGUGUGGUUGACGUGAUCACUGCCGACGACAUACCCAGCAAGAAAUUCAGAACCUUUAUCGGCUUUGACGAAGAUCUGCUGACUGAAAGCGAGGUGACCUGCGUGGGUCAGACGAUUUGCGGCGUGGUUGCCGAUUCCAAAGCUCACGCCAAACGCGGAGCGGCGUCGGUGAAGAUCACCUAUGAAGAUGUGCAGGAUCGCAUCUUCACUUUAGAGGAGGCCAUAGAGAAGCAGUCGUUCUAUUUGCCCGAGUGGAAAAUAGAGCGAGGAGAUGUUGGAAAAGGUUUGAAUGAGGCAGAACAGGUCCAUGAAGGAGAGAUUCGUAUCGGAGGUCAGGAGCAUUUCUACAUGGAAACUCAGAGUUUUCUGGUGGUUCCGGUGGGGGAGGAGAAGGAAAUGAAAGUGUAUUUGUCCACUCAACAUCCUACAAUGACACAGGAGGCAGUAGCCGAAACAUUGGGAAUCCCGUCCAAUCGUGUGUCAUGUCAUGUUAAACGAGUGGGCGGAGCUUUCGGCGGUAAGGUCACCAAAACAUCCGUCUUGGCCUCCAUUACUGCCGUCGCUGCUUGGAAGACUGGACGGGCAGUGAGAUGUGUGUUAGAAAGAGGCGAAGACAUGCUGAUAACUGGUGGACGCAAUCCAGUGUGGGGAAAAUAUAAGGUGGGAUUUAUGAAAAACGGAAGAAUUGCAGCUGCUGAUUUUCAAUAUUACGCUAAUGGUGGAAACACAGGGGAUGAGUCUGUACUGGUAGUCGAGAAGAUCCUUUUACAUCUCGAUAACGCUUAUAACAUUCCGAACCUGCGUGGCCAAUCGGUAGCUUGCAGGACCAACCUGCCGUCCAAUACGGCGUUCAGAGGAUUCGGUGUGCCCCAGUGCAUGCUGGUCAUCGAGAAUAUGAUCAGCGAUGUCGCUCUUAAACUCGGACGUCUGCCUGAAGAGAUCAGAGAGAUUAACAUGUACAAAGAAGUCUCGCUCACUCACUACAAGAUGGAGUUUGACCCAGAGAAUCUCGUCCGCUGUUGGAACGAAUGCAAAGAGAAAGCCGACAUCCUGCGGCGACGUCAGGCCAUCGACAUUUUUAACCAGCAGAACCAGUACAAGAAAAGGGGAAUCGCCAUUGUGCCCAUUAAAUACGGCGUUGGGUUUUCCGAGGGCUUCCUCAACCAGGCGGCUGCUCUCGUGCAUAUAUAUAAAGAUGGUUCUGUACUGGUUAGCCACGGCGGAAUAGAAUUGGGUCAGGGAAUACACACCAAAGUCCAACAGGUGGCCAGUCGAGAGCUGAAUAUUCCAGCUUCUCUCAUUCACAUUUGUGAGACUAGCACCGAGAGCGUUCCAAACACCUGUCCGUCUGCCGCGUCCUUCGGUACCGAUGCCAACGGGAUGGCCGUAAAGGCUGCCUGUCAAAUUCUGUAUGAAAGACUGGAGCCAAUCAGAAAACAGAAUCCCAAGGCAACAUGGCAGAACUGGGUAAUGACGGCAUUUUUGGAAAGGAUCAGUCUGUCAGCCACAGGAUACUACAGAGGUCAUGACCUGUAUAUGGACUGGAAGAAGCAGGAAGGAAGGCCGUACGCUUAUUUCACAUACGCCGUGUGCUGCAGUGAGGUGGAGCUGGACUGUUUGACUGGAGAGUACAGAACUUUGAGGACAGAUAUGGUUGUCGAUAUCGGCAGAAGCAUAAAUCCAUCGAUUGACAUCGGUCAGAUUGAGGGAGCGUUCAUGCAAGGUCUGGGUCUCUUUACAAUGGAGGAGCUCAAGUUCUCUCCGUCUGGCGUUCUGUACACACGAGGACCGGGCCAAUACAAGAUACCGGCUUUCUGCGACGUUCCUCUGAAGUUUAAAGUCUACCUGUUAGCCAACUCGUCCAACCCUCAUGCCAUCUAUUCCUCAAAGGGGAUCGGAGAGCCGUGUCUGUUCCUGGGCAGCUCUGUAUUCCUCGCGAUCAAAGACGCUGUGGCUGCCGCCCGUAAGGAUGCCGGUUUAACCGAACCGUUCACCCUAAACAGCCCUGCCACCCCAGAACGGGCGUGUCUCGCCUGUUCCACUCGCUUCACAAAGAUGGUUUUGGAGCGUAAAGCUGAAUCAGCCUCUGGAUCAUCUCAACCAUGGGCCUUGGACAUAUAAUCUUAAAAAACUUCAUCAUUGUUAUCAUUAGAUUGUUAUCAAGCACUUGUCAAUGACUUUAAUAUUUUCACAGAUUUCAGAUUUUUAUACAGUAUUUUCAGUUCUUAACAGAAUUAAACUUAUUUACUGACUGACAAUAACCACAAAAUAUUGUACCCAUGUUCACAUAUCACAAUCUGUUUUUAUUAACAAUUUCAUCUCAGAUAAAAACGAUUAUUGAUCACAUUUACAUGCAUAUUAUCUAACUAACUUUUUCAAAAACACAUU